AUCGUCAGAAGCGCACCAACAUGGCGGCCUCCAGUGUUUUCAAAGCUGGACUUUUUAAUCACAAAGUUGCUAUUGUAACGGGUGGUGGAACAGGUAUUGGAAAAGCAAUAGCGUCCGAGCUGCUGGGUUUAGGUUGCAAUGUUGUCAUAUCCUCACGUAAACUUGAGCGGCUGCAAGUGACCGCAAAUGACCUGUCGCACAAGAUCCCCUCAUCUAACCCAGCAAAAGUAACGCCGAUACAAUGCAAUAUCCGAAACGAGGAAGAGGUAAAAAACCUAAUGGCUUCAACUCUGAAGCUUCAUGGGAAAAUUGAUUUCUUGGUUAAUAAUGGAGGUGGGCAGUUUACGAGUCCUGUUGCCAAUAUGACUUCAAAAGGCUGGAAGGCAGUGAUUGACACCAAUCUCACCGGGACAUUCCUUUGCUCUAAAGAAGUGUAUGACGCAUGGAUGAAGGACCAUGGAGGUGUCAUUGUCAACAUUAUUGCAGACAUGUGGAAGGGCUUUCCUGGCAUGGCGCACACAGGAGCAGCUAGAGCAGCUGUUGACAACCUGACUAAGAGUCUGGCUAUAGAGUGGGCCUCCAAUGGAAUUAGGGUCAACUCUGUUGCUCCGGGCACCAUCAUUUCAAAAACAGCAAUGGAAAACUAUAAAGACCUUGGCCCAGGAAUCUUCAAAAGAGCCGGACGCUUCAGUCCGGCGAAAAGAUUGGGAGUACCAGAGGAGAUUUCCCCAGCAGUGUGUUUCCUCCUGUCCCCGGCUGCCUCCUUCAUCUCUGGGGAGACCCUUAAAGUCGAUGCUGGCCAAAGCCUCUACCACUCCAUGUGGGAAAUCCCAGACCACAGUUCCUGGCCAGAGGCCCCAGAAGGCGAAAACACAGACACCCUGAGAGAGAUUAUGGGCCCCAAAUCCAAACUGUAAUAACCAGGGGCAUUGUAUCAUCACAAAACUGAAAUUCAGAUUAGCCAGGCAAAGGCGACAUGGGAACCAGUGCCUUGAUUUUGCCUUUGAUUUGUUAAAAACUAACUUUUAGUAAAUGCUUCUAUUUGUAACACAAGGUGUGCUUGUCGUAGCUUGGCUAUCAUGACUUCAGGCGGUAUGGGCUGGCCCAGGCUACAUCUGUAGUGGGUUUUGAAUUCAAUUUGCAUUUGUUAGACUGGGAAGCGACAUAUUGUGUUGGGAACAGCAAGACUUCAUCAUCUGUGUGCUCAUUUUUGAGGUACACUUUUUAUGUAAUUUAAGAGUGUAAAUAUUUCUACAAAUUGUAUCAUAUUUCAAAUCUGUGUUAAAUAAAAUGGUAAAAAGGUU